AUUUGGUAUGGUAGUUGUUGAAGGAAGUUAGGAGGGGAAGAAGAGCAUUCUUCACACAGACAGACACAGCUCAAAUUCAAGGGCAGAGAGCGAGAGAGAGAGAGAGAGAGAGAGAAACCUCUGUCUGUUUCCUUUUUUUUUUUGUGCAAAAUAAAGAUUUUGAUAGAUCUCUCUUCUGCUUUCUCUGAUCAACCAUGGGUUUGUGGGAAGCUUUUCUCAAUUGGCUUCGCAGCUCUUGUGUAACUAGAAAGAUGCAUGCUUUGACUGAGCAUUUGAUGCAGAGCAGCAGAGCCUCUUUUUCAAGCAGGAGAUGGAGCUGUCUUUGAUAGGACUUCAGAAUGCUGGAAAGACUUCUCUUGUAAAUGUUGUCGCGUCUGGUGGAUACAGUGAAGACAUGAUUCCCACGGUAGGUUUCAACAUGAAAAAAGUAACAAAGGGGAAAGUGACAAUAAAGUUGUGGGAUCUUGGAGGUCAACCUAGAUUCCGCAGUAUGUGGGAGCGAUAUUGUCGCGCGGUUUCUGCCAUUGUUUAUGUGGUUGAUGCAGCUGAUCCUGAUAAUCUGAGCAUCUCAAGAAGUGAACUUCAUGAUUUGUUGAGCAAACCAUCAUUGAAUGGUAUCCCUUUGUUAGUGCUGGGGAACAAGAUUGACAAGCCAGGAGCUCUGUCAAAGCAGGCUUUGACUGAUGAAAUGGAUUUGAAGUCAAUUACUGACAGAGAAGUUUGCUGCUUCAUGAUCUCUUGCAAGAACUCAACCAACAUAGAUUCUGUUAUUGAUUGGCUUGUAAAGCACUCAAAGUCGAAGAGCUAAUUUGUUUUGUGUGUGUUAUAAUUUAAGGGUCCAUGUAAGCGCCAUUGAUUCUGAGUUUUCGCUCAUCUAACUUUCUUUCUUUAUGUUUAGUAGUCUUCUUUUGUUCCAAGCUGUUUGUACUGUAUAUUAGAUGAUACCCUUUCUAAUUAAGCAUCCCAAGUUAUUCACUGCUCC